GUGUUUCUAAGAUCAGUGGGUUCACUGAGAAAAAGCCGUUUUUUCCCGUUCAUUCUUCCUUCCCCUUUGCUUUUCUUUUUCCCUUCUGCGUACCUGUUGACUAUAUACCGAGCCUUUGUCAACACUACCUUUACAAAUGCUUCAUAAAAACCAACAAAAUACACAUAGACAAUAUACCACUUCACUUACUAUUGUGCUCAAAGUGGGAACUUCCUCGAUCUGCAAUGAGGAAACUCAUUUCCCGCUAUUGUCCAACCUAUCCGCUUUGGUUGAGAGCGUCCUCGAACUGAAAAGCCAAGGUCACCGGGUAGUGUUGGUUACAAGUGCUGCUGUUGGAACAGGUCUUCGUCGAUUAAAUAUGCCCAGUAAACCUUCAAAACUGUCUGCACGGCAGGCUGUCGCUGCUGUAGGUCAAGGCCGACUCAUGGCUUUAUAUGAUGAUUUAUUUGGCCAAUUUCAUCAACCUGUAGCUCAAAUUCUGUUGACCAAGAAUGAUCUUGCCGACCGUUCACAAUACUUGAAUGCAGUCAACUGCUUAGAAGAACUAUUAGAUAUGGGUGUAGUACCCAUUGUGAAUGAAAACGAUACCAUUUCCACCCAGGGUAUUCGUUUUGGUGACAAUGACACUCUAUCAGCUGUGAUGGCGGGUAUGAUCAAGGCAGAUUAUCUAUUUUUGUUAACAGAUGUGGACUGUCUUUAUACCGAUAACCCUCGCACGAAUCCUGAAGCCAAGCCAGUCAAAGUGUGCAAGGAUAUGGUUAAAUUAAGAGCACAAGUGUCAGUGGCUUCCAUGGGUUCCUCAUUAGGUACAGGUGGAAUGGCUACAAAAUUGAUCGCUGCUGAAUUAGCCACUGCAGCUGGCGUCACUACCAUCAUUACCAACGGCUCAAAGCCUGCCAAUAUUGCAAAAAUCAUCAGAACGGAUAGAAAUUCCGAUAAAGAAUAUACAGAGGACCACCCUCUUCACACACGUUUCAUUGCGAAAAACAAUCCUUUAAUAGACCGCAAAUGGUGGAUCCAAUACGGUUUGCAUACAGCGGGUACUAUUUUUGUCGAUGAAGGCGCAGCCAAAGCCAUCUUGACGCCUCAACUUAAAAGCAGCCUUUUUGCAGCUGGCAUCGUCGAAGUGGAUGGACAAUUUGGGGCUCAGCAAGCAGUGCAUAUCGCUGUUCGUGUAAAGAACGAACAGACUGGCAUAUUGGAAGAUAAAGUCAUUGGAAAGGGCCUUGUCAAUUAUACCAACAUCGAAAUCAGCCGCAUCAAACGCUGUCAUAGUACGCAGAUUCCUGAUAUUUUAGGAUACGUUGAUGCUGAUUGCGUUAUUCAUCGUGAUAAUCUUGUGCGAUUCACAGAUCAAUUAUAAUGCUACAUUUUUAGGAAACAUUUUUUUAUUUGUCUAUUCUAUUUUUUUUUUUAACUCAUGCAUAAGCUGGUCAACCCUCACUUCAUCAUUCUUCAUUGACGCGCUUACUGCAAUUGUCACAUCUAUCAUCCUUUAAAAGCUCAUUAUCUUUUUUAAUUCAAAGAGUCGCUUAUGUAAUUCUUCUCUUUCAUUUUCACUUUCUGCAUAUUGCAUUUUGAUAUCAAUCAAUGUUGCUUCCGCCUUUUGUAAUUGAUCUUCUAAAUUCGAAUUCUUACUGGUCAGUUCUGCAUUUUCAUUACAAAGCU